AUGGAGGCUGACUCGAGCGGAUGCAACUGGGCUUCCGUGGCCCAUUCGAAACGCAAGUGGGAUUGGAAUCCAAAUGGAAUCCUCAAUAGUUUCACCCCAUUCCGAAAGGGGAAAUGGGGCAGACGCAUGCUCUGUCCCGUUGUUGCGUGUGUCAACGCAUUUGGGACUGCUGCUGUACGUUUUUCUGGUCACUUUGGCGUGAAGAAGAAGGGCAAUAGGGGUCGGCAUCUCGAGAAGGUUAUGGCUCACCAUACUGAGAUUGUGCCAAUAGAUCAACUUUGUCUAAGAGAAGCUACAAAAGAUGUGAUAGACAAAGGGAGGAAAGUGGAUCAUUUGAUCGAGAUUAAGGAAACAAAUGGUCAAGAUCAAUUAGUGUUACAAACUAUGAAAUCCGCAAAUCAAACCUUUGAUGAAAAAUUUAAGUAUUUGGACAAUACAUGUAUCAAAUCCGCGACCAUAUUUAGAGUAAAUAUGGAAUUACGAAAAUCAAAUCCAGAUGCUUAUACACCAAUAUUGAUUUCCAUUGGUCCUUACCAUAAAAGGAAUCAUGAACUUAGUUCGAUGGAGAAGUACAAAUUGUUGUACCUACAACGAUUUCUCCAACGAAAAGAGGGGUUGAUGUUGAAAGUUGCAUUAGUGCAUUGGAGAAAAAGAAAGAUGAAUCUCAAGAGGGUUAUGGCUCAUCAUACUGAGAUUGUGCCAAUAGAUCAACUUUCUCUAAGAGAAGCUACAAAAGAUGAGUUCGAUGGAGAAGUACAAAUUGUUGUACCUACAACGAUUUCUCCAACGAAAAGAGGGGUUGAUGUUGAAAGUUGCAUUAGUGCAUUGGAGAAAAAGAAAGAUGAAGCACUAAAAUGUUAUGAUGAUAACCUUGACAAUGAUAUUGUUGACAAUUUUUUAGAAAUGUUGUUGCUUGAUGGUUGUUUUGUGGUUGAAUUUAUUCGAGAGUACUAUGCAACCGAGGAAAAAGAAGAAGAAGAUCAAGAAGAAGAAGAAGACAACGACAACAUCAUCAACUUGGAAUGGAUGAAGAAACAAGUAUGUCGAGACAUGGUGUUACUAGAAAAUCAACUCCCUUUCUUUGUACUUACCAUGCUUCAUGACAUGACAAAGCAUCAUAAAGAAGUGAGCUUCUUGUAUAUGGUGAGAAAAACCUUACUUGAUACUUUCCCAAAGGCGAAAUUCAUACCCCCAUCAGAGAUUCACAAUUUUAAUACAGAACGAUUCAAUCAUUUAGUUCAUGUAAUACACAUGUUUUGUCGACCAUCAGAUCAUCAUGAUGGUAUGAAAGAUAAACAGAACAAAAAUGCUAGCACACCAAAAGAAUGUUGCAAGAUAACAUUUUGUGACAACGUUUUGCAAUUAACCAAGUCAAAAGAAACUCCCAAAGUUCUUGGUUUAUGGGAUUGCUAUCAUAUUCCAAGUGUAACAGAGCUUUACGAUGCUGGAGUUAGAUUCAUAAGAGUAGGAUAUGUGCAAGAAAAGAAGGAGGAUAAAACAACAUUAUUCGAUAUCAAGUUUGAGAAGGGAUUAAUGAAAAUACCUUGUUUUGCAAUCGAGGAUACUAUGGAAACCUUCAUGAGAAAUUUGAUAGCUUAUGAGCAACAUUCCUCUAAAGUAGAUGUAUAUCCUUAUUUUUCAAACUACGCGCAUAUAAUGACUCAACUUAUUGGCUCACACAGAGAUGUGAAGUUUCUUCGCAAAGAGAAAAUCAUCCUUAAGGACAUAGGGGAUGACAAACAAGUGGCCAGCAUUUUCAAGAAACUUUCAGAUGGGGUGGAAAUCACAAGCUUUUAUUACAUAAAAGAAUGCAGCAAAUUGAUUCAACAUUGUGAUAAGCCAUGGAGUCAAAUGAAAGCUAGUUUAAGGCACAACUAUUUCUCGAGUCCUUGGGUAGGAGCUUCAACUGUGGCAGCUAUAACUCUUCUUGUACUCACUGUUAUACAGACUGUUCUGGCUUUUACUGGUGACGUUAUGAAGUAAUCUUUGUUGUAACUAUGUAACACAACUAUUGACUAAGUGAGUGUUUCCUCAUUAUAGAGAACUUGAAAAAUAAUAUUGUUUGCAAAU